CUCGUUUCGCGAUAGAACGAAAUGGAAGAAUCAACAGCGGGUCAGUAUUCGGCGGAACGCGAGAAGCAGCCGGUUGAUUCGCUCGGGGUGUACGAAGGCGAGAGAAACGACAACGGGGAGAGACACGGCAGCGGAAAAACGUUGCUGCCGAACGGCGACGUGUACGUCGGCGAAUACCGUAACGGGUUUAGACACGGCGUGGGCACGUACGUGUUCGGUAACGGCGCCCGAUACAACGGCGACUGGAGACAGGGACGCAAAUACGGUCAAGGGAGUUUUUGGUAUCCUGACGGAACGCGAUACGAAGGAGAGUGGAAGCGCGACGCGAAACACGGCUUCGGCGUUUAUUAUUACGCCAAUAACGACAUUUACGAAGGUUCAUGGGAGAGGGAUCUUCGCCACGGUUUGGGAACGUACGUUUACGCCGACACGGGCACGAAAUUUAUGGGCACAUGGACGGAGGACCGCAUGCAAGGACCUGGACAGCUCGUUCAUCCGCGUCAUUGUUUCCACGGAUUCUGGAAACUGAAUCUGCCGUACGGACGUGGGUGCUUCACUUUCGAGAACGUGUGCAUGCUGCACGGUCAUUACGUACACGUGAGAGAUCCCGCGCAGAAGGAUCCAAUGUCGGACAAAACCGCCGUCGCGGAGGAAGUCGGCACGAAGAACGAAAAAUCGCCGUUUCUUCCGAAGGAUGUUCUACCAAUAUGGCGGGCGCGUUGCAUCACACCCUACAAUCCGGAAUUGUUGCCACCAGAAGCGAUACCUUUGUCAGAACAGAUGAGAACACUGGACACAAUAAUGAAUUCAACUUGCGCUUACUGCACCCUCGAGCCACCCCCGGAUAUUCUUCACAUACCUCCACCACCAUUUCCGGCAAUUCUCCAACAAGGUUCCGACUUUUAUUCGAGCUCCGACAUUCUGACGUUUCCCCCGCAUUUAAAUGACAGUCCGUGCAAACAUUUCUGCGACCGGCGUUCCGAAGGGGUUCAAUACAUAGAGAUGCCGCAACAAGGAACCGUGUUCGACGACACGUGGCUUCUGGUUCUGAUAAUGUCGUGCAUCAGCGUCAUUGUCAUCGGUAUAUUGCUCGUGACGUUGCUCCUGAAAUGCAAGUUCAACAGGAACGGGAAAAGCGGAGUGAUCUCCAUGCCGAACACGGCUUCCGGUAUACAAACGAAGAACGGCAGGUUGCAAAACGAGGCGGUGCUCUAUCCGUGCGCGGCGGAUACAAUGCAGGACAGCCGAGUGAUGUGGGCCACCCUGACUCCGCGCGGGACCACGAGGCACUAUCUGGAAGAGCACACGUACGAGACCAUCGGGGGUGGGCAGUUUCACAAACGUGCCUGUACGACCACACCAACCGAACAUGUAAAACUCAAGACGUACGCCGAUCCGCCGGCCGUCAGCCCCGUGCACAAUCGCCCGAAGGAUGAGAAGGCUUUUGAUAAUACCGCGUUUGUGGAUUACGAAGAACCUCUGUCCAUCAAGACUGAAUAUUAUCAGCUCAACGACGUUUUGGAGCCGAACGAGUCCGGCAUUCUCACGAUUCAGAGAGGCACGCUUCGUCCUCGUGUGAGCUCACCGACAAGAAUCGAACAUCCGAAUUUGCCGCCGUUGAAUCUCCAUCCGCACAAGCACGGAUCUCGCAAAAAUUCCGGCACGCAACACACCUCGGACACUUUACUACGAAGCAGCAUCACGUCAUCAACUUAUAUACCCACCAUAUAAGUAUUUUCCAUCUCGAAUUUUCGUUCAAACUUUUUGAAGAGGCUUCAAUCAUCACGUAAAGAUUAAAUUACGCAAUUUUUCCAUCUGUUAUAUCAUUGUAUCUAGUCACUAGCGCAUAUAUAUACGUAAUAAUAUAAUUGACCGUAUAAGUCGACGGAAACGACGUAUAUAUAUAGUUACACGAAAACAAAAUCGCUCUUUUUUAUCGAUUGAUAUAACGUGAUUGUGAUUGUGUAGGUGUAGAAUUUAAAAAAUAGAGUAAACAUAAUGUAUAUGUUAUACACACAUUUGCAUCUUACGAAAUAAAAAC